AUGGGCCGAUGCGAUCUGGAAACACGCAUCUACUCGCGGCCCUUUCCCCAAGAGGCUGAACUGAUUUCGCCAGCGCGCUCAACCCUGGCGCCAUCAACGGCGGUUGCGCCCAACCCGUGGAGACCUGCGCCCAACGGCACCGACAUCUGGGCCGAGGCUGUCGCUGUGGCUCAUGACAGGGCCAACCACAGGGUAGACGACUGGCUUGCGCUGCAUUUCCGCAAGGGCGAGAUGCAUUGCGGGACGAGUUCGCAGCGGGACAGGCUUCACAGUGUCAAGGCUGUUGUGGAAAUAUCGCAGCAUUCCGGGUUGGAAUCCAUGGAUUGGACCGCGGAGUAA